AUCAUCAUUCGUCACCGCCCACAUAGACAAAGCAAAAGAAAGGAAAAACCCAAUACAAAGCAAAGAAAUAGAGACCGUCUUUUUCAUCUUUUUUACUCUCAAUUUUGUAACCCCCAAUUCUUGAAUCCCCCGGAACUUUUGUGGGAUUUUCUCUUCCGCUGUUUUCAUGGAGGAUUUCAGAUCCAAGUCAUGCAGGGAUGGGGGGAUGCAAAUGGAGGUCUAUUAUGGAGGCAGGGGGGCUGCUGCUGCUGCUGCUGCUGGACCUACCAGUAUGCAGGACCUGAGGUGCUACAGUGCAAGCUAUGGUCAACCAAAUCAAGUUGGGAAGGAAGUGAAGUUGAAGAAAAGCAAAAGCACAUUUGGGUCUUCUUCUUCUUCUUCUGCAAAAGCAUGGAGUCUGAGUGAUCCUGAGCUGCAGAGGAAGAAGAGAGUUGCUGGGUAUAAGAUUUAUGGUGUGGAAGGCAAAAUGAAGGGAUCUUUUAGGAAGAGUUUUAGGUGGAUCAAGGACACUUAUACCCAAGUUGUCUAUGGAUGGAGGUGAUAAAUGGGUUUUUCCUCUUCCUUUUCUUUUUGAGUUUUAAAUAAAGUUUGAAUCUUGGUGUGUUAUUAAUUAUGUGAAUUGAAAUCAAAAUCUUGAAAAUCUUUGAGCUUUAUUAAAUUCUUACACUUAUAUAGUUGUUGAUUGUGACUUGUUCUUGUUUGGGUGCUGAUUAGAGGACCAAAAUCUAUGACUGCAUAAUCUUAAGAUCUGUCUACAGAUUUAGUAGGGUUUGGAAUAGAAUCAUUUUCUUCAAAAAUGAUCCAACAUUUGCCCCUUUCUGUGACCUGGAACUCUGAUGGUUAUGGUUUGUUAUAUCAGUGGACUUGUUAUUUCUUGA